AUGUACAAAUAUCACAAAUUCCUGGAUCACUUCUGUGGCAAGCACAAUGCUUUGGCCCCAGAAGAGAAGGAUGUGGGUAAGGGUUCUGGCAAGGACUUGAAUGUUUACAAAGACAACUAUAUUCUCAACUCCUGCUGUUACACAAAUGCCCCCCAGACAGCUUCAACUUCCAAAUCCUUGACUUCCCAAUCAUUGACCAAGAAGCAACCCCAUGUCAACAAUGACAAAUUCAUCUCUUCAAAAAAGCAAAAGUGCCAGUCAUACAGCAAGGACAAGGACAAUGAGGACAAGGAUAAUGAAGACAAAGACAAUAGGGAAAACAACAAGGACCAAGACAUGGACAAUAGUGAGGACAAAGAGGACAAAGAGGAUGAGGAUGACUGCUCAUUGCUCCCCUCCCUCCCUGAUCAGCCAACUGCUGCAGACGUUUGCAAGGCAGACAAGGUAAUUGCAAAGGAAAAGGCUUGCAACCAGGCCCUUGGUGCCUCUUGCAAUAAAGUAGGGGCUCAGCCUGCCACUGCGCCAAAAGGCAAGGGCAUGGGCAAGGGCAAGAAACCUGAGAGCUCCCCCAUUGUCUCCAAGGCUAAGAACACUUGUCAAAAGGAACAAAUGCCUCUUAAAUUCAAUUCAAAGAGGGUUUGCUGUGUUGACUCAACCCUCAGCAAGGAUGAGGACAAGCCUGCCAAGGCUCCUAAGAAAGCACCAGUCAAAACUGCACCAAAAGCCAAUGGGAAGAAGACAUCAAAAGGUGCAACAAGUGGCAAAAGGCAUAAGGAGCUGGCAAGUCCUAUAUCUAGGCUCCAAAUGCUUGAUGCUAACCAGGCCUGUACCAACCUUGAGAACAUCUCCCAAGCCGUCAAUACUGUCAAGGAUGGGCUUAAAAGCCUCCAGCUUCACGGGCCCCGGACCCCAGAGGAUACCAAACCCCUGGUUGUGGAAGCAACGCCACGCCCCCUAUCAAAAGUUGACCCUAUUGGACCAACUAGUUGGGUCUCAUUCUGGCCCAAACCUUCCAAGGGGCUCCCUAUUUUUGCCCAGCCAGCCCCAGACCAAGCAGUGCCCCCGCAAGUCCCUUCUCCCCCUCUAUCUCCACGUCUCCAAUCCCCAAUUGGGACAGCUGCCCCUCCACCUCUGGCUCCAGUUGCCGCCGCCUAUCCUGCCCCAGUCAAAGUAGACCAUCCAGAUGCCUAUACAGGCAAGAUUGGGAGUGAAGCCAAGCAGUGGCUCACAAGGAUGUUGGCAUGGACCCGCCUUAACUCGCGGAUGUUCCCCACCAAUCAAGAGGUUCUAUCCUUCCCCUUGAUGAACAUGAAGGACUCCGCCGGGGCUUGGGCCCACCCUCACCUUGAUCAGCUUGGCUCACACCGGGCCAUUAUCCAAACGGUUGAAGGGUUCAAGAUAGAAUUCCUGGCAGCAUUUGGCAACCCUGACACCACAAGGGCUGCUGAGCAGAAGAUCACCACGCUCACCCAGUCCGGCAUAUGCGCAGACUACAUUACUAAGUUCAGAACCCUUGCUAUGGAACUGGACUGGAACAAUGUGGCCCUUAGAGGCCAGUUUGCCCGCGGCCUCCAUUGGGAGGUCAGCCAACAGAUAGCAACCCGCAAGCACCGUCCCCGCACCCUUCUUUAG